UGCAGCAACCUCCUCUCUCUCUUUCCACCUCCUUCCUUCCUUCCUUCCUUCCCCUUCCUUUAACUCACUCCUAGUCAUUGAGCCGGAUGGGAGUCCUUCCCUGCCAGCCGACCAGGGAGGCAAAGGGACCCUGAUCAGGGGCAGAAAAGGAGGGAAAGCAAAAGGAGGAAAAGAAAGGUGUGCAAGACUUGGAACUGAGUGAGUCGUUGGAUCCUCUCCUGCAAAGAGGCUGAACCCUGAGCCUCCAAUCUACAUCCCUUCCUUACCUUCGCAUCCUUCUAUCCCGCAAGUGCCAUGCCGCUGGCCCGGAGCCUCUCAGUGACCUCCCUGACAGGGCUAGAGGACUGGGAAGAUGAACUUGAUCUGGAGAACGCAGUCCUCUUUGAGGUGGCUUGGGAAGUGGCCAAUAAGGUUGGUGGGAUCUACACGGUUAUCCAGACCAAAGCCAAGAUUACACUGGAUGAGUGGGGCGAGAAUUACUUCCUGAUCGGGCCUUACCUGGAACUGAACGUCCGCACACAAGUGGAGCUCAUAGAGCCACCGAACCCUGCCAUCCGUCGUACUAUUGACUCCAUGAACGCAAAAGGAUGCAAAGUUUACUUUGGUCGCUGGCUGAUUGAAGGGGGGCCCUAUGUGAUCCUCAUUGAUAUCGGAGCAACUGCCUGGAGCUUGGAUCGCUGGAAGACAGAGCUCUGGGAAAGCUGCUCCAUUGGGAUUCCUUGGUAUGAUCGAGAGGCCAAUGAUGCAGUUCUCUUUGGCUUCCUUACCGCCUGGUUUAUUGGGGAGUUUUCUGCGCAAUGUGAAGAGAAGCCAUUCAUCAUUGGUCAUUUCCAUGAAUGGCUGUCUGGGGUUGGCCUUUUCCUGUGCAGGAUCCGGAAGCUUCCGGUGGCUACCAUUUUCACCACCCAUGCUACCUUGCUAGGACGUUAUCUAUGCGCUGGCAGUGUAGACUUCUAUAAUAAUCUCCAGACGUUUAAUGUGGACAAGGAAGCUGGAGACCGACAGAUCUAUCAUCGCUACUGCAUGGAGCGGGCUGCUGUCCACUGCACGCAUGUUUUUACCACAGUUUCCCAGAUCACAGCUGUAGAGGCCGAACACUUAUUAAAAAGGAAGCCCGAUAUUGUGACUCCCAAUGGUCUAAAUGUCAAGAAAUUCUCAGCCAUGCAUGAAUUCCAAAACCUUCAUGCCCAGAGUAAAGCACGUAUCCAGGAGUUUGUCAGAGGCCACUUCUAUGGGCACCUGGACUUCAAUCUUGACAAGACAAUCUUCUUCUUUAUUGCUGGACGCUAUGAAUAUUCCAACAAAGGGGCUGACAUUUUCUUAGAAGCUCUCGCCCGCCUCAAUUACCUGCUGAGAGUAAAUGGCAGCCAGACAACAGUGGUGGCAUUCUUCAUUAUGCCAGCCCGGACCAAUAACUUCAAUGUUGAAACUCUGAAAGGCCAAGCAGUCCGUAAGCAGCUCUGGGAUACAGCUAAUGCAGUGAAAGAGAAGUUUGGCAAAAAACUCUAUGAAUCACUCCUUGUAGGGAAUCUUCCUGACAUGAACAAAAUGCUGGAUAAGGAGGAUUUCACGAUGAUGAAGAGAGCCAUCUUUGCCACCCAGCGUCAAUCUUUCCCUCCAGUCUGCACUCAUAACAUGCUAGAUGAUUCCACUGACCCCAUUCUCAACACCAUCCGCCGCAUUGGCCUCUUUAACAGCAGUGCUGAUCGUGUAAAGGUUAUCUUCCAUCCAGAAUUCUUGUCUUCCACUAGUCCCCUACUUCCAGUUGAUUAUGAGGAAUUUGUUAGAGGCUGCCAUUUGGGAGUAUUUCCAUCUUAUUAUGAGCCUUGGGGCUAUACACCAGCUGAAUGCACUGUGAUGGGCAUCCCCAGUGUUUCCACCAACCUCUCUGGCUUUGGCUGCUUUAUGGAGGAACACAUAGCAGAUCCAUCUGCCUACGGAAUCUACAUCCUCGACCGACGUUUUCGGGCCUUGGAUGAAUCAUGCACACAGCUGACCUCUUUCCUGUACAGUUUCUGUCAGCAGACACGGCGGCAGCGCAUCAUCCAGCGAAACCGCACAGAGCGACUUUCUGAUCUCUUAGAUUGGAAAUAUCUAGGCCGGUAUUACAUGUAUGCCCGGCACAUGGCACUUGCUAAGGCAUUCCCUGACAACUUCACCUAUGAGCCACAUGAGCCAACAGCUGCUCAGGGCUUCCGCUACCCACGUCCAGCCUCAGUGCCACCAUCUCCCUCCAUCUCCCGCCACUCCAGCCCCCACCAUAGUGAGACUGAAGAGGAUGAUGAACGGUACGAUGAGGAAGAGGAAGCAGAAAAGGACCGUCAGAAUAUCAAGCCCCCAGCAAUGAUGGGCCCUGUCCCCGAGUGGCGCAAACGCUCAAAGAAGGGUUCCAGCGAAGCCAGCACCUCCUCCAAUGCCAGCACCCCCACCAUUCCCAGCAGCCCCAGCGACCUCAGCAGUCCCACCAACUCUCUCAUUGAAGAGAGGAAUUAGCUUGGUAGAAUGGUUGUGCCUAUUCACUCUCCUGCUCUUUCCCACACCUCCCUCUCACCCUCAGUAGGUCAGGUGGAUUCUCUGGUGCUGGAGUCUUGAAAAGAUCCUCAAGUGUAGGUUCUAGCAUGUUUCUGGAACAGAGGAGGGACCUGGAAUUGGCUUGAUUUUCUAAUGCCAAGCUGAAAGAUGGUCUGCUCUAGAUCAAGUUGUGCAAAUGAGAGGAAGGAAGGGGAGAUGCCCCUCAAUGGUUUUGAAUGGGUCUAAAGGAUGUGGUUUUACUCAUUCUAGAACAUGCGACAUAUCCCUAACCUUGACCCAGAAUAUGAGGUGGCCUGUUUCUCCUCUUCUUGUUUCCCUGCAACCUCAAGAUACAUUCUAGAGUCUCAUGUGCUGUCAGCCUUUUGAGAGGAAGAGAUAUUUAGGGGUUUGCUGCAUUAAAAAAAUGGGGAAAAGAGUAUUCUGAAGGCUUUCUUGGGAACAACAGAGAAGCUAAUCAUACAGUUUCAAGUACUUGUGACUGAAUAGAUGGCUGGGUAGAUGGUUGGUCUAGAGGUGUAGCAAUGCUGUUCCACUUUGUAAGUUAUCAUUCUCUUGGAAAUGCCAUAACCUUAUAGAAAUAAUGCUGAUGAACAGCAUUUUGGAAGAUAAGAAGGGAGUUCUUGAACCUUUAAAAAUAUAUACUUCACUGUUGGCAUGGGGUCAUGUUGAAUAGCAAUGUUCAGAAAGUUCUGUAAUUCUAGAAGAUGAUGGAGGCUGUGAGCAUUUUUUUUAAAAGCAAUGAGCCUGGUCUUUUCUUGAUAGACUGUUUGUGAGGAGAAAAAUAGAUUUAUUCCCUACACUUAUUUAAAAGUCAAUGCAUGCUCACCUUGCUUCUAGACGGUGCUUUUGUUAAAAGGAAUUUUCAGAGCAAAGUCCCUAGAGUUAAGAAAUUAUGAGAGGUGUUUUGGACUUGUGGCUUUUUGUAACAUUAAAUGGAAGAAGGGUUUUAAAAACUCAAUAGUCCGCCUAAGGUAGGACAUGCCCAACUCUGAGUAUUAAGAACAAGGAUUUUUUUGUUUGUUUGUUUUGCCAGCAGUGUUGGGCCUGGAACCUUCCAAAGUCAUGCCACAGUUUAAAAUCAGUGACUACUGCAAAGUUUUUCUUGACUGCAGGAAAGGUCUGAGUUUUAUUAAAGGAGUUUAUGAUUUGGAAAGAAACAUUGCCUCUAAAGCUGGCAAAAGGAUAAGUGUGAGGACAGGAAUAUUCCUGGAUAGGAGAGAUACCAGAAUUACCUUGCAGUAUAAAUCACACUUAAGUGGUUCCACUUUGGGAAGUGAAACAGGGGAACCAACCAGAGAUUUCUUUUCAAUCUAUAUAGACUUAAACAAUAUCUUUUUCUGGAGCUGUUUCCAUAGCCCAUUUAUUCUGGUGGACAAUCAAGAACAUUCUGGAGCUGUUCUAAGUGCAAUAUUAUUCAUUCUGUGCAAUUUGUUUUUAAGUGCCAUGUUGAAUUUUACAAGGGAGAAGCACAAGGCUUCCUGUCUAAAGCCAGUGAAACGAUUUAAAUGAAUGUCAAAUUGCUUUUUGUUACAGAAAUAUGAUGCAUGACCAUGUGUGGAAUGUAUAAGGUACCUGAGCCAGACCUGUGACUUCUCUUAUAGGAAUGUAAGCAGUUCUGAAUUAUGACCAUUUUAAAGAAUGUUCUAGAAACUAUACAAAAAACUCUUUAAUGGUAUUGGUAACUCAAAUAUGUGAGGCUCUGAAAAUAAUGACCAGAUGCUAGUGUUGUAGGCCGCAGAUGAGUCCAGGCAUAUAGCCUUCAACACAAACAGCCUAGAUUGUCUCCCUCUGAACCCACCCAGCAGCUGUGCCACUGCAUUAACAGCUGUGCUGCCAGGGAGAAAAGCCCAGCAAUUUAAAUGGUUUACCUUUAACUCACCGAAUUUAUUCAUGAGAACAUGCACAUGGUUUUCACACUGAAUCAUACUGCCAAAAAACAAGAUGCAUGCUUCCUUUGCGCCUUGUCUUAAAGGCAAAAUGUUGGGCUUUUUCCUCUCAUGUCUCUAUGAUGCUUAAAAUCAGUGACACAAUGGAGAAUGUGAUAGUGGAGCCUGCAAAAAUGAAGACUUGUGUGUGUUGGCCACCCUUGCUCAAGUUGCUUCUUUUAGAAUGUAUAUGCUGUACAAACUGACAGCCAUCAUCAUGGGUGACUUAAAUUAUCAGCCAGUGCAGAUCAGAUAAUUUGUGUUCUUGACUCAGCAUGAAGGUGCACUUUUACAACAAUGGUGUGUAGAUGGAUGGUAUGACCAAUUUUGAUUCUGUUGUGCAGAAGAGUAAAAUAUUUGGUACUAAAAAGUAACAGUAAUUGGUACCUGAAUAUCUGGUCCAGCACAAGAGAGGCUGUGACUUUGAGGGCAGAUCAAUUGUCAACACACAGAGAGAGCCCUUUUAGUUCUGCAUCUGCUACCAACUUUGUUAUGAACAAAGAAAACUACUUUUUAAAAGAGAGACUUUUCCUGUGGCCUAAGUUAUUAUAAUGUGUUCUGAUAGUGCCUCCUGUUCAGAUCAUGAACCAUGUAUUUACUUCUCUAUUGCCCCCCAGUCCAUUUUUUCAGUCAUUUGACAGAAUCUCAUGAGCCAGUGCCCCAUUUCUCUUUUCUUCCUCCCUCAGAUUUCAUCCCUUUUAUUUAUGGCUGUUGUAAAUCACUUGAGGUUUUUGUUCAACCCCCCCCCCCUUUUGCUCCACCUUGUGUGGAAAAACAACUCUAAAGAACAAAAGCUGCGUGUGACAAACUUCUCAUUUAUGAAUAAAGUUUGCUUUGAAAACUGUA